UGUUAUUGCUAGCAAAAACGCGACAAAGCUGUAUUUACCUUUUUUGAUCCGCAGAAGAGGUGAAAAAUGGAGAAUGAAUGUCAGCCGGAAACGAUGAAAACUUACGAUCAAGAGUUGGUUGAGGAUUCAGUUCAGCAUGAUAAUGAAGUUGCUAAAGUGUCAGAGCUAGACGGCGGCGGCGAAUUGGAAGCGGAUUUAAUUCCAAACAUGACCAGCAACAGCGUCCUCGCCGUUGUUGUUCAGGAGCCAGAUCACGGCCGUGAAUUGGAAUCAGAUUCCGGCAUCUCAAGUGGACCGGAUUCCAGCAUGGAACCACGGUCGCGGCGCGUUCGUAUCGUCGGCAGGCUCCAAAUCUAUGGUGCGGAGAGAUAUGGUGCUUUGACUGCUCAAUCCAUAGCUAACGUACUCCGUAGCAUGCGUCCCAAUCAGCGUUUCUUAGCCGAGUAUAUUAUCAGCGCGAUGCUCGCCCUUGGCCACUCAGAUCGUUUAUCGGCCAUCAUGCUCAACGGCAGGACCAACUCCGACAGCGAUGACGAUGAUGCGCAAUAGGGCAAAAAUAUUGGAGAAACACCCCUAUAUGACGCAUAAUAAUAAAA